UUUUUCGUGCCACUGUUGGUGGUGCGCUGAAAAUUGGAAUCCGUCAGAUGCAGACCGUUCGGCGGAUUUCAGUAUGAAGUUCUCCGUUAGAAUCGACCCAAACCCAACGCCGAUACCACUAUCAAAUCCAGAUGAGGGCCGUCCAUACUCGAUUUCACCAGUGAAAGAUGUACGGAGUCCGUCAAGAUAUUCUAAGAACACUCAUCACAAACAACACUUCAAGGCUGGCAGGACAGUGUCCCCCAUCCAAAUUGUAAAUGAUGAAUCCGGUAACAAUUUAUCCAUGUACUCCAGCGCCUAUCUUGCGCGUCCACAACCUCCGCGGCUCCCACCUCUAACAGUACCCAAACCAACAUCUUUAGUUGCUGAUGCAUACGAGGUCGAAAAUGUGACAUGUCCAACCGAUUACUUCAAAAGGCUACAAUCAAAACUUCCUCAGGCGCCACGAAAUACGAAGGCAAGUACAACUGGCGAUGCACGUGACACCCUGGUAGCAACUCCACCAUCGGUGAAACCGAUGUAUUUGAAAAAAACUGCCAAAUCCAAUUCAUGUUCAUGCGGCGGAAACAAAGCUAGAAUUAAUGCUAACCAAUCAAACGAUGGUCAAUGUCAUAGUGUCGGCAUAACCAAGCAAAGAACGAGCCAUGUUUCAAAACCGGCCUAUCUGGGUUGUUUGUCGCCACAGACUACCGGAAUGGAGGACACUUCUGCUCCCGGUGAUAAAGGUAGCUCCGGAAACGGAAGAGGUUCGAAUCGAGGAGGAGUUCAUGAAGACCUAGACGAUGCUAGCAGUCGAGACCGAUAUCUUUCAGUAAUGGAAGAUUUGUUUAAAAAACACAAAGCGCUUUAUACUCGUAGUAAUCGAGCCCCUCAAAAUUUCUCUAACGUCAACUCAUCAGUCAUACCUGGCAGACGCAUUCAAGCAAUCGGAACGAUACCAGAGGAUCCAAUGAUGAAAUUCACUGGAAGGCAUGCAUGUCACGCGAUGGGUUUCCGAGGUCCUGAAAAAAGCGAUUCGCUUAUUGUCGAACCGGAUCACAAUUUAAUUGCACAAGUUCAACGCCUACAGCGGUGUGAACAGAAGCUGAAAGAAAAUAGUCAAUCCGCGUAUUCGGUAAUAUCGCGUCCACAGCCGGCACGGUCCAGAAAUCUGACGCACAUACUGAGAGAAAAGACACAGUCGGCUCUAGUGUUUUGUCAACAGCGACAGCACGCACGCAUUAGUUCGGUGCCUGAACGUGAAUCAGACAUGGAGUCUGUCAGCUCACGUGAUCUCACUCCCAUCGGGUCAGAUGAAGAGCUUUGGAUUGACAAAAAUCGCUACCUGCUGCAUUUCAAUCCAGUUGUACAAAUCUUACCAAACCAAAGCCCAUGGCACGACCAUUCAAAGAAAGUUGAUGAGACAGCAAGUGAAACAAGUGCUGCUGCAGAUACAGUUGAUGCAGCUGGAGUUACCAGACGGUCAGUUUCAGCUGGUCCAUUGGUAAAACGCAAAUACUCAGUGGAUAAGGGAAUGGAGCUUCGAAGUGCAGUGAAGUCGGUUCUUCGGAACCGUUCGUCCAGGUCCUCUCCCAGCAGCGAUGUAUACACUUCGUAUUCCUCAAGCACAGGCAGUCGGUGUGGUCAGCGUAAUUGCGUGCAGCGGCGCGCUCUUUCGCUCAGUGACCUGACUAUUCAUAUACAAUCAUGUGAUCCAUUCUGUUUGGAGAGCUCAUCGGGAGCGGUGCAUGAAACCGUCGUUGAAAGAAACACCGGCCAGGAUGGGACAGAACAGGUAGUUACCCCCACCGUAACACGUACGCUAAGCUUAUUGAAACCAGUCACUCCCUUGCAUGAUGAUGAAUCGGACAGCGGUGCCUUUGAAUCGUCGGCCGACCACGUACAGGUUAACCGAAUCGGGUUUCCCAAUUCAGCUGGCUGUUUGGACUUCAUGGUUGCAUCAACAGAUCCCAAUCCAAUGGCAUGGUUUGAUUUGUUGGACGAUAAGCUCUCCAGAAGUACAUUUCGUGCCACAAUUCGUGAGAAGCUGAUCGCACAGUUUCGGCUAAAAGGACUUUCAAAACUCUUUAUGCGUUUCCCCGGUGGCAUGCUUGGACUGCAAAGAGAACUAGAGAAGGGAUGGGAUAUUCGUCCAAAACCAGAGAUGUUGAUGAAGUGCGUGGUCAAGCAUCACGUGCUCAAGAUGCCGAUUACACUACAAAACUCAGACUUAGUCGAGAAGAUUUAUAUGAACUCGAUAGUCAGACACCCAGUCUUGUAUAAGCUAAUAAUGCGGCGCCGAGAAAUCCUACCACAAGAAUUGCAGCACUUUUUGAACCGGAUUAUGGAGAUGACGGAAACAUCCGAACGUAUGCUGGCUACCAUCACCAAUUCAACCACAAAACUGGCUGCAGUAACCACUGCAGCGAAGGAAAUGGAUGCUUCUGGUUACAUGACAGGUGGACCAAGAGUGAGUAAAUCUGCGGCAAGAGAACGAAUAUCAUCAGCUAGCCAAGCCACAUCACGUAAAUCGCAAAAGCAAGAAGUCAGGCGCGAACAGACUGGUUUGGGUAGUAUGAAUGACGAGAAAGACACUAUUGCUAGCCAGUCAAGAGAAGAAAAGGUAGCCCCAAAGAUGUCAAAGAAGGAUGCCGGUUACUGUGCUCAGUACGGAAAAGAAGUAGAUUUUGAUAAAGGAUUCUACACCACUUUGCGUAAUCCAUGUGCCAAUAUUUUGGAAGAAGUGGCGCUUCACCUACCCGAAUUCGCGUGGCACAUAAGACCCUUAUUUGAACAUUUAUGGGCCACUCUGGAAGACGAAUUGUUUGAAAGAUUAAUUGACAGACAGAUAAUCAUCCAACAAGAACUUGAAGAAACGUCUUCAUCUCUUUCUCGUGAGGAGGAUGAGAAAGUUGUUGUGACUCGGGAAUUCCUCGAAGAAAAUGGACUGAUACCUUCAAGACAGGAUCUUCUUGAAUGGCCAGAGACUUAUGAACUUUGUGUGCAGCUGUUCAAACGGAUUCCGGUUUACUCAAACACCUGUCGGGUCCCAAAACCGGGCGAUGGUGUGUUACACGAUCUGCUCAUUUGUCUGCAUAUGUCGCUGUACUACAACAAACUGGGUGUGUUGUUGGUUAAAGAGUUAGAUACAUGGAUUCCAUACCUGUUAAACGGCCUUGAAAGUACUUUCUCGUCAGUCAGGGAGGAAACCUGUGGCGUACUUGCCUACCUAGUUUGUGCCUACCGACUGAUGUCCAAGCUGCAUGCUACAAGCAAGAAUCUCCUGGUGGCCAACAUCACUCUUAGUGUUCUUUCCGCUAUAGGAAAGUAUCCGGAAAGCUAUGCGUUCUAUCAUGGUCUCUUGGGUUACAUGUUGCAUUCUCUUCCUUGUUUGUCAACGCUGGACUGCUUUUUGCUAUGGCUACCCGUCGUGGAUAACGAUCCAAACAAUCUGUUUUCACGUGACUGGCCCUUGUUUGUAUACUACGUUCUGCGUCAUUGGCCAAGAUCUCCCUUCUAUUUAGAUACACUUUACCAGAAGAAGCUUCUGAAACCUUUGGAAGCUAGUUUCCUGAUAAAACAUUCGAGGCGUGCGGCCAGACUGGCGCUGAGCUACUUAGUGCGCACGUGUAAAAUACGUAGUUCUCUUUUAACUUGCUGGCCAGAAGGAGAUGAACCAACAUGAACUUGGUGGUCACUUGCGCAGCUCGCUUCCCAACGGAAGCGAAAUUGACGCAAACUGAAUUGGACAUCGACCGCUCUAGUUUCCAUUUGUAGUCGAAUAACAGUGUAAUGGACUGUUAUAUGAAAAGAAG